AUGCUCAGCCGCCCGAACGGCGAGCUCACGAGGGCCGGCCAGUAUUACUACCAACUGAUCGACCGGCCGCCCCCCAGCCGGCAGUACGACCGCAACCAACCCCUCAUCCGCGAGGGCCCGAACGAUUACAUCAUGCUCCGGGGGGGCGCCAAAAAGCUGCUCCGCAGCCUCCAGCCCAACGGGAACUACCACUUGACCAAGCUCGGGAAGAGCUUCUUCAAGGACAAGUGGGUGGACUGGGUGGUGCACGUGCCCGUCAUCAUCCGCGGCAUCCGGCGAAACGGCCGGAACCGCGGCAUGCCCUACGAGCGCACGAAGCGCCUGCCCGUCACGGACCUCAACGUCACACUGCCCCGGCAGAUCUCGGCCCAAGCGGCCCGGAACCUCAAGGCGUCCGCGCUGGCGCAGCUCGGGAACCCCGAGCCGAACGACAUUAUUUGGGAGCUGUCCGACGAGACCUACUACCUGGACGCAACGAGGGAGUGGACCUUCAGCCAGCAGGCCAUGCAGGUCGUAGACGACCGGGUGGUGGUGGAGACCGUCCUUGGAUCAGCCCCUGGGGGCUCUGCGGGACGUCUCCUACCAGCUGUACUGCGGCGACGAAAUCCUAGAGUCCGCCUUCGAACAGCGGCCGGACAAGCUUUGCGUCCCUCGGCAGCUCGCGGAGCUGAUGCGGCUGCCGCUGCAGGAGGUGCUUUCGGACUUCGACGCAAUCUGCACCAAAAAACGUGGCGGGAGCAGGGCAUCACCCCCCGAGAGAUCCGGGAAUUCUGCCUUUGGCGCCAGGCCCCGAUGUUCUACGUGGACUGCCAGGGCCGCCUGCUGGACAAGUACGAGCCUACCGUCAAGGAGCAGCGGGCCGUGGCCUUCACGAGCUGGAACGGCCACGCCUUCUUCUACAAAUCCGCCCGCACCGUCGCGAAGUGCGAGCCGAUCGGGGAGCGGGCCAGGUACCGGGGCGAGAGGAAGCCAGGCGAAACGCCCGAGUUCAAGGAUUGGCGGGAGUGGGAGGGCGAGGUCGCCAGCGGUCAUUUCUACACUGAAGACCUGGAGCAGGUCCGGAGGGAGCUCCUGGCCGAGGGGCACUGCCCGAAGGUGGUCAUGCGAAGCCUGAGCGAGUGGCGGUGCCUGCGGCUGAGGGUGCGGGGCGGCGAGGACUGCGUCAUCUCCGCCUUCCACGAAGACCUGGAUGUGCUGCAGGCCUGGAUGGGGCGGCUGGGGCUCCCCUAUUGCGGGCAGCGUCUGGCGGGCGCCGCGAGCGAGGUCUUCCUUCACCUUCUCAAGGCCCGCCGCGAUCCGCCCGGAUCUCGGCAAGCCCUGCUCGCGGAGCAGGACCACCAGUGCAAGCUCUGCGCGGCCCCCAUCACCGCAACCACGUGCGAGUUGGACCACAUCGUCCCCGUGCACCAGUCCUUCGCCGCACAGGCCCAGAACCUCCAGGCACUGUGCCUCGAGUGCCACCGGAACAAAACGGCCCUGGAGUCCUCGCACGCCACGACACUGGAGUCGCGCUUCAGCCGGCGGGCUUACGAGCAGUACGUGGAAUCGCCUCGACUCCCGCCGCUCGUCUUCAAGCUCAACAGCCACAAGCCGGACCACAUCUGCCACGGUAUAGACGUGGUGCGGUGCCGCAAGAACGGUCUGGCCCAUGCCAAGUUCCCGGCGCCCAUCUUCUGCCCCAAGGACAACGUUGAGCAAGCCCGCGAAGGGCACCUGGCGGACCUGACCUACGUGAGGCUCCGGGAGGGCUGGUACGCCAAGCCUGCGGUGGCCUACAUGCUGGAAAAGGGCCUUGCGACAUGGAGCGACUUCGUGUACAGCCUGGACGCCACGGCGCACGUGGACCAGGAGUCCGUGGCUCAGGCCCUGCAGAAAAUGGAGGCGGCUUGGCCGGAGGGAGAGGAGCACUACGCGAAGCUGUCGGUGAAUGCCCUCAUCGGGCUCUGGGCACGCAACAUGAACCUCAUCUACACCAUGCGCACCAGCAACCACCAGUUCGACGGGUCCGGGUGCCAGCACCGGGAGCUGUUCCUGGACGCCGCGGGCGGGAUGCACUGGGAUCACAUCUACGUGACCCAGUUGUUGUCCAACCGGAGCUGCCGGCCUGUGCACGACUUCGUGAUGGCCUCGGAGUACGUCGCCGUCUCCAGAAUCCGGGAUGCACUCGCAACCGUGCCGUCGAGGUACCUGAAGGCCGUCAAAACGGACUGCGUCGUCUUCCAGGACCUGCCCAAAAAGUUCCAGGGCCUUGUGGACAGCCUGGUCCGCGAAAGGCAUCCCGACGGCACGCCCGUGUACCGAUGCGAGGAGGUCAAGGGCCUCGAAGGCCAGUAUCGGAUCCCCCGAAUCGAGGCGGAGUGGAUGUGCAACAUUGACACCUGGAAGGUCGCGGAGGACCCUGUGCUCCACUGCCUCGAGGGCGGGAGCCUGCUGCUGACCGGCUACCCGGGCACCGGGAAGACCCACCUGGCGCGCCAGAUCGUGACCGCCCUCCGGGAAGAAGGGUACAAGGUGAAGAUCAUCACGAAGACCCACUCCUCCGUGCAGAACUUUGGCAUGCAGGCGGAGACGGCCGACCACUGGGUGCGGAGCACCGUCCGGAACGGCUACUGCAACAUCGACUGGCUGGUGGUGGAGGAGAUUACGCAGCUCGACACGGGGCCGUGGAACGACAUCGCCUGCGUCUCCAUGAACCGCAAAGUCAAGUUCCUGCUGCUUGGCGACUUCCGCCAGUUCCCCGCCGUCAUGGACAACUUCGCAGGCACCCCGGUGCAGCGGGAGCUCAAGCACCUCACCGACGGCUGGCACCACGAGCUCACCGAGAACAGGAGGAGCGACCCGGGCAUCUUCGACUUCCUCCGGUGGCUCCGGGUCGACGAGCCCCGGGAGCAGUCCCUGCCGGAAGCGGUCCGGGCGGCCCGGGAAAGGUUUCCGCGGCAAGGCGAGCCCGAUGUCAGCCUGGUCAUCUCCCACGCCCACCGCAUCAGGAUCAAUGCGCGGGACAACCGUCGCCUGGCCCCGCCGGAAGCUGUGACGAUCGAGUACACCGGCACUGGCCCGACGACCACCAACAUGCCGCAGACCAUGCGGGUCUGGCCCGGCCUGAAGCUCAUCGGCGUCGGCGGCCGCGUGACCAAAGGCAUCUACGUGCAUGUGGCCGAAGUGGGUCCCGAGAAGAUCGUCUUGGACGGCGGCGACUCCUUCACCCACGCCGCCCUCCUGAAACACACCCGGCUGUGCCACGCCAUCACCUACGCCUCGUGUCAAGGCCUGACGCUCGAAGGGCGGGUUUUCCUAUGCGACACCGAGAGUCCACACUUCACCCUCAAGCACCUCUAUGUGGGGAGCAGCAGGGCCACCAGCAGCGAGCUCCUGAGCGUCGCCAGGAUCCUCCAGCGGCUGCUGGUCAGCGUCCCAGAAGUGGACUCGGGACAAAUCGACCUUGAGCUUGAUGAAGCUGUAGCGGCCGAAGAUUUUAGAGUCGUGGAGGCAUCGCUGGGUCAGCUGGCCCUUGAUGUCCUUCUCGAUCGCCUGCAGGUCUGCCUUGGCGGCCUCGUUCUGCUCGAGACACAGGGGGAGUCGCCGGGCUUCCGUCUCGCUGCCGUAGGGGCUGGGGUGCCACAAGAUGCGCAGCCACUCGUGGGACCGCCAGGCCUCCGCGCACACCGGGAAGAACUUGCCGCCACGCUGGUUGGUCGUAAGCUCACCGAGCUUGAGUACCGUUUUGGGCUCCAUCGCUCCUUCUUUUUUCACGACAAGAAAAAAAUGCCGGCCACCGUCGCCACCGCGGAGUGCGUGGUGGCCCUGGCGUGCUUGCUGGUCCUGUGGGUAACGAGUCUUGACAGCAACCCAAAAGCCAGCCCAACCAUCUGCUCCGACAUCCUGCAAUGGGACUACAAGGCCUUCGAGCCCGGGCACUUCGACGCAGUGUGGGCCUCGCCCUGCUGCACCGAGUUCAGCAUCGCACUCAAGAAGCGCCCCCGCAACCUGCCGCUCGGAGAUGCCCUGGUGCUCAAGACCCUGGAGGUCAUAGACUACCUCAAGCCUCGGUGGUGGGCCAUCGAAAACCCGAGCACCGGGCGCCUCAAAACCCGCCCCUACAUGCAAGGGCUGCACAUGGACCGGGUCACGUACUGCAAGUACGGCUUCCGCUACAAGAAGCCCACGGCCAUCUGGCACAACUUGCCCUGGACCCCCUCCCAGGGGCCCUGCCGCAAGGGCGACCGCUGCGAGGCCUUCCAAGGAACUCGGCACCCCGAGGCCGCGCAGCGAGGGCCCACCAAGGGGCGGCAGGGGAGCAACUCGCGGGACCAGCUCUACUCCAUCCCGCCUGUGCGUCUCUUCAAGACGCCUGAGUACUCCGUCAAGCAGCCGCCUGACCCCGUGGUUUGCAAGCCCCCCGCCAACGGUAUUUUGUGCGCUCCAUCUGCAAGCGGAAAGACGGUACUCCUUGUGAGCAUGAUUUUGGAGCAAUACCGGGGCUGCUUCGAGCGCAUCUAUAUCUUCUCGCCCUCGGUGGAGGUCGACUCUGCCUGGCAGCCUGUCAAGGAUUACAUCCGAGACGAGCUGGGCGUGAAUACGGACCGGGAGCAGUGCUGGUGGGAGGAUUGGGACGAGGGGGCGCUGCGGAAGAUCAUCGCGGACCAGAAGCGCAUCACCCAGAAGAGCAAGGAGCUGGGCCUCAAAAAACUGUACUCGGUCUUGGUAGUUUUGGAUGAUCAUGCCGAUAAUCCAGCUGUGCACCGCAAGACGGGAGAUGGCGUUUUGGACACUCUGUUCAUCAGGGGCAGACAUUUUUGCAUCAACACCUGGGUCUCGACCCAGAAGCUGCGUCUUAUGAGCUCCGCCGUGCGGGUCAACGUGAUGUUCUACUGCGUCUUCCGGUUGCGAAACCAACUGGAGCUGGAUGCCUUGGUGGAGGAGCUGAGCGCCAUGCUCCCGAAAGAAACCCUCUACGCCAUGUACGAGGAGGCCACCAGGGAGCCCUACAGCUUCUGGUUCGUUAACCUCCGCGCGCCCAAGGAAGACAUGUUUUGGGUGCGCUUCGACCGGAAGUUCUUGCUAAAUGGGGACGCUCCUGAGCCAGAUGGCGGCCAAGUUGUUGGGGGGAGGCCCCGGCAAACCUCCGACGGCUCCAACGCCAGCGAGUUCUCGGCGCGCCGUUCUAAAAAGGGCAUGACGAGUAUCUACGUGGACUCGCGCCUCCGCGCGGAGGGCACGGACAGCAGCUUCUCCUUCGACAUCGGUGAGAGUGUGCACAUUCAAUCCGGCGCCAAACUUGCGGUGUACAAGGUCCGCGUUGCUGACGCCUUUUUGAGCACGGACCGCGGGACGUUCUUGUACUGGGAGGACACGGUCGCCGGCACCCUGCAUUACGCGGAGCUCCCGGUGGGGGCGUACACAGGGCCGCGAUUGGCUGCGUGGAUCAGCAGCAACUUCGCUUCCGCCAGCUACACCGCCGAGACAAAUGAGCUCGACGUGACCUACGACGGCGUGCGCCUCAUCCUCAACGAUGCCGAGCUCCGGCAACGCUUCCCAGGCACGGCCCCCUACCCGCCGGGCGCCUCGCCCAGCAAGCCCCUGUCCAUCAACCACCUCCUCGGCCCCAGCUACCUCACAGGCUCUGCGCAGCGCUUCGUCUUUGUGACGAUGAAUCCGUUCUCAGAACUGUACCUCAGGUGCCCAACACUGGCCAACGGGGAGACGACGGUGGGCCCGUUGGGGCACGACAUCCUCUGCAAGAUCGUCGUUUCGAAAGGCGUGGGCCACGUCAUGGAGACCGAGACGUCAGAGGGGCACUGGGUUCAGCUGCACGGGCCCAUAACCCUGCGUCAGUUGCGCUUCAAGCUCACCGACUACCAGGGCAACAUCGUGAACACUCGAGGCACCAGCAUUUCCUUUGUGGUUUUCCUCGACACCGAACGAUAA